UGGAUCGGGGAGGGAACACACUUGUCUCAGGGCUGCAUGGAGAUCUGAGCCCAUCAGCUGCGCCUUCGGAGGUGGAGUCAAGCCCCCAGAUAGCGUUCGACUGCCUUCCCCCCUGCACCUGCCUCCCUUGCUGACUCCCCUCGCACCACCUGCGAGCGCUCAGCUCCCCCGCCGGCUCUAGCCAUGAACUACCUGCGUCGUCGCCUGUCUGACAGCAGCUUCAUUGCCAACUUGCCUGAUGGAUACAUGACGGACCUCCAGAGACCCGACCCUCCUCCUCAGCCCCCUCCAAAACCAGCACCUGUGGGCGCAGCUCCAGCGGCGUCCGCCGCCGCCUCCGCCUCCGCUGCGUCGGAGCGAAGACCCCAACCUGCCCAACCCACCCAGCCAACCCAACCUGCCCAGUCCGCUGGAGUGGGGUUCUUCAGCUCCAUCACCAACGUGGUCAAGCAAACGGCUGCCUCGGCCGGGCUGGUGGAGCAGACCGCUGUCGGUGCCUCCAAAAAGUUCAAGAUCCUGCUGGUCAUCGACGAGGCUCAACAGGACUGGGUCAAGCUGUUCCGAGGGAAGAAGAUUCAGGGAGAACAUGACAUCAAAGUGGAACAGGCUGAAUUCUCGGAGAUCAGCCUCGUGUCGCAUGCCAACGGAACAUGCAACGUGCACGUCCAGGCCUUCAGGAACGCGACCAAGGUCGUCAGGUCUUUCAUGCCUGAUUUUGUUCUAAUUCGCCAACAUGCCUUCAGCAUGGUGGAGAACGAGGACUUUCGAAACUUGAUCAUCGGCCUCCAGUAUGCCGGCAUUCCCAGCGUCAAUUCCCUGGAGUCUGUCUACAACCUCUGUGAUAAACCCUGGGCGUUUGCUCGGCUAAUAAGCGCCUACAAGAAGCUCGGCCCCGAAGCGUUCCCGCUGAUCGAACAAACCUUCUAUCCAAACUAUAAAGACAUGGUCACUAUGCCGACAUUUCCUGUAGUAGUGAAAAUUGGACACGCUCACUGUGGCAUGGGAAAGGUGAAGGUGGCCAACCACAGUGGAUUUCAAGACAUUGCCAGUGCGGUGGCCCUAACCCAUGCCUACACCACAACCGAGCCCUUCGUCGAGUCUAAGUAUGACAUUAGGAUUCAGAAGAUUGGGAGCAACUAUAAAGCAUACAUGAGAACCUCGAUUUCUGGGAGCUGGAAGACAAACACCGGUUCUGCAAUGCUUGAACAAGUGGCCAUGACAGACAGGUAUAAGCUAUGGGUGGACACGUGCUCAGAGAUCUUUGGAGGCUUGGACAUCUGUGCGGUCAAAGCCAUUCAUGGCAAGGAUGGAAAAGACUACGUCACAGAGGUGGUAGGCUCCUCCAUGCCGCUGAUCGGCGAGUACCAGGCCGAGGACAAGCAGCACAUCUGUGACUUGGUUGUGGCCAGAAUGAACCAGGCAGUUGCAAGACAAGCUGCAAGGUCGUCCCAGAGGCCCACCACGGUUCAACCAUCCCAGAAAACACCUCCAGAAGACGCCUUGGUGAAUCCCGGCAAGAUGGCAACACAGCGCCCUGCUCCUCAAGGGGUCGCAGUGAAACCCCGAGAAUCUCAAUUACAAAGACAGGACCCCUCAGCAGAGCCGAACCAAAGUGUUUCUGCCCAGCAACUAACUUCGUUCAGAGGCGGUCAGCAGCCACGGGCCAUGGGUCAUGACCUGCCUGAUGACCAGCCUUCCAAAGCACGGCAUCAAACACCCAAAGCGCCGUCUCAGCAAAAUUCAAAACCUCAAGUUCAGCCCCAGGUUCCCACAAAGGGCAAGACCCAAGCCCAGGUUGAGCCCGAAGGCCCACCUCAGCAACAGGCUCGGGACCCGACCCCAACCCAGACUCAGUCAACCACAGAGGAGCAGACUACAGACAAAGGAAAGGCACGGUCCCAACCACAGCUCAAUAAAUCCCAAUCCCUGACCAACGCCUUCAGUUUCGGCAGCUCCUCCUUCUUCCGCUCCAGCAGCGAGGACCAGGCUAAGGCCGAGACCAUUCGCAGCCUCCGGAAGUCCUUCGCUAGUCUGUUCUCCGAUUAGCUUGAAGACAUCUCGUUUAUAUGAGGAAUCACAAGCGAUGCGUCGAGACGUGUGCAUCCCAUUGCAUUUCACCCUAAAUAAUGUCUGUCCAACCUGUCUUUGUCCAUUUUUGUGUUCAAUGAGAUGUUCAAUGUUCUCAUCUUUUUUCUUUUUUUUUUUCUGGCCACAGAUAUGAAAAAGCAGAAGCCAUUUACCACACCCCAAACAACGUACUGUGGUUUGUUUACCCAGUUUUGUAUAGGGGCCGGACUGCAGCGCUGUUAAACUGUGCAACUGUGAAAAACAUAUGUGGCAUCUUUCGAUGUUGUGCCUAAACCGUACUUGUGUUUGCUCUUGGAAAAUUUCUAAUGUGUGUGUGUGUGUCCCCGUGUAGUGAUAUGUCUAUGUGAGAAUGCAUGUUUCAGGUCACCGCAAGCGGGUUUUCGCAGCUUUAUGUAACUUCAGUGUCAGACGUACUUACACAGACACACGUUUCUCAUCGAAACCAGAUACACCCACGUUGGCAAAGGAGACGGCACAGCUUCCCGAUGCGGCGCCAACCAUUUACACUUAUUUAGC